UGGGGUCAGUUUGUGCCGUAUCCAGGAAGUCGUCUGUGGUUGCCAAGGAAACUUUCGCUUGCGAGCCCUCAGUUGUAGGUUUGAAUGUAAAUGUAUAGACUAUCUAGUGACACAGACGGGAAAAUUCUGCAAAAGCGUGAGGCAUGAGUUACUGUCUUGGGUCUGUGCCCCACGGGGUCAGGCCUGGUACAGCACGGGUCCUGGUGACUGAGCUGAGUGGUUCAGGCUCCAUCAACCCAACUCCUGCAAGUAAACCCUGUGAGGACUCUGAAACACCAGUGGAAUUUUAUCUCUCCCCGGAAAAGUUGAAAUUGCUGUGUGGCACACAAGACCUCUCUAAUGUGACCUCACUGGAGAUCUGUGUAGACACUCAAGAAAACACACUUGGUAACUUUGGUGUCUACUUGCCUGGAUUAGUGCAGCUAAAAAUGAACAACAGCAGGAUCCUGUCAGUAAGAGACUUGGGAACCACCAUCUCCCAACUGCAGGUGCUAUGGAUGUCUCGGUGCUGCCUACGAGACCUAGAUGGGAUUACUACUUUCUGUGCUGUUACGGAGCUGUACUUGUCCUAUAACAACGUGUCAGACCUGAGUCAGGUUGGCAUGCUGGAGAACCUGCAGCUGUUAGAUCUGGAAGGGAAUGACGUGGAUGAUUUAGUCGAGGUUCAGUAUCUCAGUUUAUGUAGCAAACUGGAGAGACUUACCCUGGAGGGAAACCCUGUCUGUUUAUGCCCAAAUCCUACAUCAGCUCAGAUGGCAGACUACAGUUACCGGGCAGCGGUGAGGGAGCUGGUCCCUCAGCUGCGUUACCUUGAUGAUGUAAAGGUGGAGGAGGACAGGCUUAGCUGUUGUACCACCAUGGGAGAAGACUGGGACAUUCUCAGAAACUCCAUCAGAGAUUCUAACUCCUCUUAUCCUGCUGGUGAUGAGGAGACAACCGACAGUGUACGUCCUUACAGCCGACCCAGUUCAGCCACAUGCCCUUCUCCCAGCUUCUCCGGUGUCUGGGCCAUGUCAUCGUCAGGCACCAGACCACACUCAGGCUCCAGACUCAUGUCAGCGAUCAGGCCUGGAGUUCUCUCCCCUUCUGGAUCCAGACCUGGUUCUGCAGACUCAGAUCUGGCAGUAGUGGAAGCUGAAACCAGCGCUCUGACUCACAGAGCAGGUAACAUCGUCUUCUGUGGGAACCCAGUCCAGGCUAUUCGAGCAAAGCGACAAAAGUUAAGGACAGCACCCACCAGGUCUACUUUCACCCCCCGAGACUUUCCCAUUCACGUACCAGAACACACAUAUGACCUCGAGGAGCCUGAUCUGACAGAACGUGCUGAUGUCUUUGCAGAGCUCAGAGCUUGGAGGGAGCAGCAUAGCAGUGUGAAGAUGGACUCUGGUGAGCAGCCAGGCCAGAAGUGUGAGAUAUCCAAAAUCCUCAAGAGACCAGCAAUAACUCGCCCUCACACAGCCAGGGCAGCUUUACAGAAACAUCACCAGCACCACAUACACCAGUCCUGCAGAGGGAGCUCACAGCCAGAUUGA